AUGGCUACAAAAGUCUUCGCGCGUGCCAACACCGCGCUCAUAACAGGCGGCGCAUCGGGUGUCGGGUACGCCGUGGCCCAUUUAUGUCUCAAGCAUGGCAUGAAAGUAGCAAUUGUGGAUAACAAUGCCGCAAAUCUAGCGAAAGCUAAGACUGAACUGAAGUCUGCGGAUGUCGAGACUUAUAGUGUUGAUGUAAGCAAGCUGGAGCAAUGGACUGAGUUGAAGAGCAAGGUGGACAAGCAAUUGGGUGGCAGGAUCGAUUUGCUAAUGCUGAACGCCGGUGUGAGCGGUAAGGCCGAUUGGGGGGAUGCAGCGUAUUUCAGGACGGUCCUUGACACCAAUCUCUACGGCGUCAUCAACGGCUUGACGACCUUUGUACCCGUCAUGCAAGCACAGAGCCAAGACAAGCCCUCGGCGAUCGUCAUUACGGGUUCGAAACAAGGCAUCACGAAUCCCCCAGGGAACCCGGCGUAUAAUGCCUCCAAAGCUGCCGUGAAGACGCUCGCUGAGCACCUGUCCUACGACCUUCGAGACACGCCCACUUCUGUGCAUCUGCUGGUGCCUGGGUGGACAUACACUGGACUCACGCGCGCCGCCGGGGCAAAUGAGAAACCGGCUGGCGCGUGGUGGCCGAGCCAGGUAGCCGAAUUUCUGUAUGAGAAGAUGGCGAAAGGCAGCUUCUAUGCGAUUUGUCCAGACAAUGAUGUCGAUGAGAAGACGGACAAGAAGCGCAUGAUGUGGGCGCAGGGAGAUAUCGUGUUUGAUCGGCAGCCGUGUAGUAGGUGGAGGAGUGAGUAUAAGGAGGAGAAUGCAAAGUGGAUGAAGGAGAAUGAGUUUUAG